AUGUCGGUCGCAACGAUGCUCCAACCCGCAUCGCGGACUUCUACCUCCUCUUCCGGCUCCUUCCAACCAAUGACCCGACAAAACACACUUUCUAGCCAUGAUGGACGAUCGGUUAGACAAUCCAAGCGCAUUUCCAUGACUGCUCUCUAUGUUAGCAUGAGCGCAAAGGAGAAGGACUUGGAAAUCAGCGAUGAUUUAGCAAGAGCACAAAGAACAUUACGCGAUCUGAAAGCGAAGAUAUCCAGUCAAUCCAAGAAGAAUUUCGUUCUGGAGAAAGAUGUUCGGUACCUCGAUUCGAGAAUAGCGUUAUUGAUUGCGAAUAGGAUGGCACUGGAAGAGCAAAAUGAAGUGGCCAGCCACCUCGAUGAUGCUACGGAAAUCCAAGAAGGAUCAUUUCCUAAUGACGAGAAGACCCAGAAAUAUGGCAACCUGCUAUUCAUGCUCCAAUCUGAACCCCGGCACGUUGCACACCUAUGCAGACUUGUCACCAUGGCCGAGAUUGAUUCUCUGCUACAGACUGUCAUGUUCACCAUCUAUGGCAAUCAAUACGAAAGCCGGGAAGAACAUUUGCUUUUGACCAUGUUUCAGUCUGUCCUGACAUACCAGUUUGACCACACACCAGAAUACUCGUCCCUACUCCGACAAAAUACACCUGUCUCACGAAUGAUGACAACAUAUACCAGGCGAGGGCCAGGCCAGAGCUAUUUGAAAGAAGUGCUUGCCGAAAAGAUCAAUUCUCUGAUUGAACUGCAUGACGUGGAUCUAGAGAUCAAUCCGCUAAAGGUGUAUGAGAAUAUGGUCAACCAGAUUGAACAAGACACCGGUGAACUCCCGCCAUCUCUCCCUCGUUCGAUUACUGGAGAAGCUGCAGCAGAAAACGAGACAGUUCAAGCAAUCAUUGAGCCGAGGUUAAAGAUGCUUACAGAGAUCGCUGAAGGCUUCCUAUCAACAAUUAUCGAGGGCCUUGAGGAGACCCCAUAUGGCAUCCGAUGGAUAUGCAAACAGAUCCGAAGUCUGUCCCGUCGUAAAUAUCCCGAAGCCCAGGACCAGACGAUAUGUACCUUGAUUGGCGGCUUCUUCUUCCUGCGGUUCAUUAAUCCCGCCAUUGUUACUCCCAGAUCAUACAUGCUGAUUGAUCAGACCCCAUCUGAGAAGCCCAGACGCACGCUCACACUUAUCGCCAAGAUGUUGCAAAAUCUGGCCAACAAACCUUCAUACGCCAAAGAGCCGUAUAUGGCUAAAUUGCAGCCAUUCAUCACAAACAACAAGGAACGAAUCACCAAGUUCAUGCUUGAUCUGUGCGAAGUUCAGGACUUCUACGAAAGCUUAGAAUUGGACAAUUAUGUCGCGCUGUCGAAAAGAGACCUUGAGCUGCAGAUAACUUUGAAUGAAGUCUAUGCCACACACACCUUACUCGAAAAGCACAGCGAAGACCUUGCGCAAGACCAACAUUCCCGUCUGAAUCUUCUGCUGCAGGACCUCGGUCCCGCACCACCACAGUUGCCAAGGAAGGAGAACAGAACGAUCACAUUGCCGCUUUUCAGCAAGUGGGAAACUGCCAUCGACGACCUGACCUCGGCAUUGGACAUUACCCAAGAAGAGGUAUUUUUCAUGGAAGCAAAGUCGACAUUUGUACAGAUCAUGCGGAGUCUUCCACACAACACCAGUGUAACACGGCGGCCAUUGCGGCUGGACAAGAUCGCCGAAGCCGCUGCUACCCUGAAGAAUGAUGUGGUCAUGGUUCGAAAAGGCAUUCGCUCGAUGGAGCUCCUGAGUCAGCUUCAGGAGAUGCGCGUCAUUGAUCGGUCAGAUGACUUUUCUUUACUGAGAGACGAGGUUGAGCAAGAACUCGUACAUCUGGGCUCGCUCAAAGAGAAGGUGGUCGACGAGACGAAGAAGUUGGACGAGGUCUUCAAGACCAUCCGAGAUCACAACACUUAUCUACUCUCGCAACUUGACACUUACAAAAGUUAUCUGCACAACGUGCGCUCGCAAUCCGAAGGAAUCAAACGAGGCAAGGAUAUCAAGACCAAAGAGCUCGGGCCGUACAAAUUCACUCAUGCACAACUCGAGAAAGAGGGAGUGAUCCGGAGAAGCAACGUGCCGGAAAAUAGGAGAGGCAAUAUCUACUUCAUGUUCAGGAGUCCAUUGGCCGGCACAUUCGUCAUUUCGCUUCAUUACAAAGGUCGUGCUCGCGGUCUACUCGAACUCGAUCUGAAGCUCGAUGAUUUGCUAGAGAUGCAGAAAGACAAUCAAGAGGACCUCGAUCUCGAAUACGUGCAGUUCAAUGUAUCCAAGGUCUUGGCAUUGCUGAACAAGCGGUUUGCCAGGAAGAAAGGGUGGUAA